AUGGCUCUGGGGGCUCGGCAGGUCUCCCGCUGGUGUUGCCUGCUCAAAACGGCCCGUGCUGCUGAAUUUCCUCUGGGGCUGAGGAGCUGCAGCAUUACUGCUCAUGCAUGUCGUGAGUUUGCCCCUCUGGCUCUGCUGCCCUCCAAAAAUAACGUUCUGUGGAGACUGCAGGCAUACAGACAUGUAUCUGUAGGAAGCUGUUCUCCACCUGACAGUGCCAAGGAUGAAUCCUUUUCUUCUCCCGAAAGUAACUUGCCUUCACCAGUAGAACAGGAACAAGCAAAACCAAAAACAUUACCUGAUCUGAACGCAAAAAUACUCUAUGAAGACUGGGAUGACGUCCCACCUUCAUCUGCUUUGGAGGAGAUUUCUGAGGAAGAAGCUGUGCAGAUCAUUGCAGAACCACUUCUUCCCCUUCAGUCUUCCACACUCCGAGAUUAUGUUGAUCACUCAGAAACCCUGGCAAAACUUGUCCACUUAGGAGUUGACUUAGCACAAGUGGAGAAACGUCAAAAAGCAGGUCAGCUCUUACUGACCUUAGACUUUGAAAAAGAUAUAAAAAAAAUACUUCUGUUUCUUAAGGAUGUGGGUGUAGAAGACAAUCAGCUGGGAACAUUCCUGACCAAAAAUCCAUACAUCCUUGCUGAAGAUCUGGAAGCUUUGGAAACAAGAGUGGCUUACCUAAAAUCAAAAAAAUUUGGUAAGGCAGAAAUUGCUCAGAUGGUCUCAAGAGCUCCAUAUUUGCUGUUGUUUUCAGUGGAAAGAUUGGAUAACAGACUGGGUUUUUUCAAAAAUGAACUUGGUCUCAGUGUGAAAAAGACAAAGGAUUUGGUAAUCCGUCUUCCAAGGCUUCUGACUGGCAAAUUAGAGCCUGUAAAAGAAAAUCUUCAGGUUUGUCAGAUUGAACUUGGUUUUCAACGGAAUGAAAUUCAACAGAUUGUGUUUAAAACCCCCAAGAUUUUAACUGCAAAUAGAAACAAACUCAAACAGACAUUUGACUACUUGCACAACAUAAUGGGCAUUCCCCACCACAUGCUUACUCGCUUUCCUCAGGUUUUCAACUCAAGGCUAUUACGCAUCAAAGAGAGACAUAUGUUUCUUACAUUCUUGGGAAGAGCCCAGUAUGACCCAGCACAACCCAGCUACAUCUCUCUGGACCAGCUAGUAUCCUUGCCUGAUGAGGUGUUUUGUACAGAGAUUGCCAAAGCUUCUAUACAGGACUUUGAAAAAUUCUUAAAAACACUUUAAUUAGUAGCACAUGUAAAAAGGAAUCAGGUUAUGAAAUAAACAUGUUUUAUAAAACUA